CUGAAGCCAACCGUAAUUCCGACUAAUUCCUAACUUAAUUCAAGUCUGCGCUUCAUUCUUUCUCCUCUUUCUCUCCCAAUGGGUAAUGUAGUGUCUCCAUGUUUUCAACACAACUCAAACUCUGCUGUCAAAGUCAUCUUCUCCCAAGGUACCACCAGACUCCUCAAAGGAAAACACAUCGCCGGAGAGAUCAUGUUCGAGUUUCCCGAUCAAAUGGUUUGCCAUGCAGACUCUUUCUUCAUCGGUAAACCUAUACCGGCCUUGUCGAUCGACGACGAGCUCAUGCUCGGCCAGACCUACUUCGUUCUUCCUCUUGAUCGGUUCUCAGAUAGUGUGCUCUCUGCCUCCUCUCUCGCUGCUUUGAACUCUUCAAACCCUAGGAAUUCUCCGAUCAAGUUUGGGGAGAGCCCCUUCGAGUACAUAAAGGGUUCCAAUGGAAGGGUGUUGAUCAAAGUUGUGCCCGAGUUCAUCACAAGGCUGAUUACAAGGGGUCAGGAAAUGGGGUCCGAAAGUCCAGGCAAUCGUUUUCUCUGUAAUACGCCAGAGCUUCAGAAACACUACGAGCAGCUUGUUGGUUCUAAAGAGCAAUUAUGGUCGCCUAAACUUGAAACUAUUUCUGAGCAUAAGAUUAGGUUAUCACCAUGCAGAUUCAUAGGGCUGGAGUACUGGAAACCCAAAGAGACUCAAGUGUAAUUCAACAAAGUCCUCCCUUUCUUACUAUACCUGAAAUUACUGAACAUAUUUUCUCUAGCUAGUGGCUUAAUUACUUAAUUAGAGAAAGAAAAUUGUGUGUAUUCGUGAUGUUUUCUUAAUUUCAUUCUUGUUGAUUGAUUACUGCAGGUUCGUUAAAAGUUAAUUCUUUAAUUUCUUUUACUUUGUAUAUACAGUUACUCAUAAACUACGAUCUUGCUUUUUUCUUUUCC